CGGCAGAAGACGACGAUACAGUGAUGGAUACUACAUAUAAUGCAUUAUUUAGUACGGACGAGCUAGAAGGCCCGGCGUGGGACGGCAACUGGCCAAAAGUCGCAUCAGACGCGUUUACUAUGGAUUCACCUUUGAAUAAGGCUAUUGCAGAGGCAUGUGACCUCCUAGUUAAAGCCGCAGCUGCCGAACUAGACCGCCUAAAACAGGACCAAAUACUUGAUUUAAUUGAAAUCUUCCGCGAAUACCUCGAAAAAGGCUCUAUUAAGAAGGUUUCAGCUAUUUUAGCCAAUGAGAUCACGCAUAUGGAAUCCGCUAGUCAAAAGCUAGAAGCCACCGCCCGGCAAAUUGCCCCGAAACCGACUACCCGCCCGCAAGUUAACCCGAAAGGGCCUAGCGCAGCCGUCCUAGACCGCCCAAACGGGCCGAAAAUCGCUCCCCAGCUGAAAACCACUCAAAAUCAGACAUAUGCAGCCGCAGCCGAGUCCGCUAACCCCGAUUCGGACUGGAUUUUGGUUAAUUCUGCCAAAAAGUCCUCACCGCUAAAGCUAGCUAUAAAGAAGCCUCUUACCAGCCGCCGCGUAAUCCUAAUUAAGGAUACUAUGGUCCAAAACAACGAUUUUCAGCCUCUCACCGCCCGCAAUGCUCUAAAUAGAGCUUUUGCUAGUAAAGGAGUAAAAGACCCUGUGGUGCUUUUAGUGUCUAAGUCCUUUCAGGCCAAUCUAGUGGUUACAACUAUAGAGGCUUACUCAGCUGACUUCCUACUCGCUAAAUCCGACAUCUGGAUGCAUUUAAUGCCAGGCUACACCGCCCAGAAAGACGUCACAUGGCAUAAAAUCGUCGCCCACGGGAUCCCCACUUCUGUUUUCAACUGUCCGGAAGGCAUGGAGCUAGUUAAGGACGAAAUACGGACUUUUAAUAAGGGUCUAACCCCUUUAGGACAGCCAUACUGGAUCACAUCAGCCGAAAAUCGCCUAAAAUAG